ACCUAUUACUCUAAUUUAAAAACUGUAUAUAAAUAAAUAGGAUUUGGCAUUGCAGAACCCAAACCCACAAAGAAGUAAGAGUCACAGAGAAGCCAACCAUCUUUCUCUUAAUUCCAUUCGUAUAAAUAAUCCAUCAAACUGUCGGUUUCCAAACAUUCUUGAUUUCAUGGCGUCCCAAGCCAGCCUUCUCCUUCAAAAACAGCUCAAAGAUCUUUGCAAACAUCCCGUCGAUGGCUUUUCUGCUGGUUUGGUCGAUGAAAGCAAUAUUUUUGAAUGGAGUGUCACCAUAAUUGGACCCCCUGAUACUCUCUAUGAGGGAGGUUUUUUCAAUGCGAUAAUGAGCUUUCCUUCCAAUUAUCCUAAUAGUCCACCAUCAGUGAAAUUCACAUCAGAGAUAUGGCACCCCAAUGUAUAUCCUGAUGGCCGGGUUUGCAUAUCUAUCCUCCAUCCUCCUGGUGAUGAUCCUAAUGGUUACGAGCUUGCAAGUGAGCGCUGGACGCCUGUUCAUACGGUAGAGAGUAUAGUAUUGAGUAUCAUCUCAAUGCUCUCUGGUCCUAAUGACGAAUCUCCUGCAAAUGUUGAAGCUGCAAAGGAGUGGAGAGAUAGCAGAGAUGAAUUCAGGAAGAAGGUUGGCCGAUGUGUAAGGAAGUCACAAGAAAUGUUGUGAUUUGUCGCCUGCGCAACACGGUGCUUUUGUGAACUGGAGAAAGAUACAACUUACCUGUAAUGGAUUGGUUCACUUUUUGCUUUUGAUCCGUGUUAGAAUGGCUUUUUUUUUUGAAGUUGGUCACACUACACUUCUAUUUUCUUCAGUUCCAUAUGUUAGGAAUUGAAAACAAACUGUAUUCUAACUUUCUAAGUGCUUUGGCCUGGUGGUUUGACACGGGAAA